GGAGGAGGAGGAGGAAGAGAAGAAGUGGGUGCAAGCGGUGCUGGGGGGGCUCGUAUCCCUAAAACCGGUUAAUCGCUCUGUUCCGGUGCUGUUCUAACGGCAGGCUCAGAGCUCAGCCCGUGCGGGGGGAUGCUGCACCCCCUUCUCCUUUUGGUUUUCACUGAAAGCCAUGCGAAGGCAGAGCCCUUAUGGAUUUAGGAAUGUGUAAGUAGAACAUGUUGACGUUGAAUAGGUCAUUUAAAUCUCAGGUUUGUCUUCCAAAGCGCAGAGCUCGAGGCAGCUGCCUCACAAGCAGUUUGAAAUUAGUGAAGUGUUAUGAGAUUUCCCGACAAAAACUAUAAAAGUCUUCUAAAACUUAGUAUUAGCAGUUUGCUGCCCCUUAGAGGGGGCAUUUUAUAUUUCUCUGUUAUUUCCCCCCUCUCCCUUCUUGCUCUAUUUCUCUAACAAAUGGAGCUGAGCUCUCUGGCUCAGGACUCGCACCCCGCUCCAACCCCCCAAAAGGAGCAGCUGUGGGGGGACCAGGGCUCCCACGCUGUUCUCCUCGCUGACUUCUCCAUCUAUGCUGUUUAAUGGCUUGUGCGGGAGCGGAUCGAUAGAGAUGUCUCUGAAUCCCUUUCACAUUGCAGAGCUCUGCCUUGCCUUUUAAAAACACAUUUAGAUUAAAAAGUAAACUAGACAUAAGCGGCAGCGGAUCUCCAUCGGAGCCUCUGCGGCUGAAAAAAUGCGGAGAACUCUCCUUUCUCUUUGUGGCUGAUUUAAAGUAGACUUAACUCAGUUGGGGACAGUUUCCUUAAUUUUAGAUUCAGGUGGCUGUUGAAGGGGUUUUUUUCGUUUGGUUUUUUUUUCUCAUAAUGACUUUUCCUAUGUUCUUCUGUUCUUCUACAAUCCUCACUGCUCGUAUUCCGGAUUUUCUUGCCGGUGCAAUAGCCCUGUGGCAAUACUAUUUCUCUUUUGCCUAAUGCAAAGCACCACUGCUGGUUAUUCUGGGAGCUGAACUCGGAGUGCCUGCUGGGGAAGGGAGACCUCAAGAGCCGAGCAGCGUAUUGAUUCCAUUAGCAGAAUUUACAGAUCUACCGACAGAUUCCUUUUUACGCAGUCGCUUUCCCAGAAUUAAAGUUCUCUUCGGGGCACUCGUCGCUGGUGUAGGCCAAUAGGUGGCAUAAGGUACCCAGAGUAACAUCCUGAGGGGGCAGAGGAGGCAAGAAUAGACUUUGUACGUGAGCCAGGAUUUCCAGAGGGGAUGUGUCAGCCAGAUUUUGGGGGUUCAACUCGGGAUACCUUGGGAAGGUCUCAUUUUCAGAGGUGAGUCCUGCAUUCUUAUUUUCUCCAGUCGCAAGUGCGGUAUUUUACCAAAUCCUUCUCUACUCUAAGCAAUUAGGGUUAAAUCCACAGUUUUGAUAGGAUUCAAUCAGGGUUGAUCUCCUAAACUCAGUAGAAAGCAGAAGUGGCUUUUGGGCUUUGCAGAGUGUGUUAAUUAUCUGCUGCUGGGGGGAAGUGUUAUUUCUGAUGAGAAUGGAGGGGAUUUGUAUAGAGAAGUCUAUUGUCUCCUUGUUGCCUUCUACUUUUCUAGAUUUCAGUGCUGAAAAAGGUAGUUCUCCGGGGAGUGGGAAGGUUUCUGUGUCUAUAAACCUCUACUGAGAUAGCACAACUGUAGCACAACUGUAGACUGAGAUAGCACAACAACAUUUUUAUGUUCUGAAAUUGUGUAAAUUAUUUGCAUAUGGGUAGGUAGCAAAAAUAUGAUAAAAGAGCUUUAGCUGACAGUAAUUAUACCUAGAUUUUAUACAGUGCAUGUUAUCUGUAGAUUUUAAAGCUGUUCUUUUUAUAAUGAGGUGCAGUAUCAUUAUUUCAAUAUAAUUGCAGGAAUUGAAGAAAGGGAAAUGUCCAGAAAUAUUAUCCAAAUUUUCAGAGUCACAGAUCUUUACUUAUCUUUUGGACCUCCUUUAUAUAGGCUGAAAAAUUUUGUUUAUCUUAAAAUAAGAAAAAAUCUCUAUUUAUUCAUAGCGGAGGACAUUAAAGCUCCUUUUGAAGAGACCUUCCUUGAACUCUGUGUCUGAAUGUCUGUGUCUUGUUAUCAGUCUCAGCACUAAGGCACCCCACAGACAUGGGAGCAGCUCUUCAACUUCCUAUACUUGAGUAUGGGCAAAGGAAAAGAGAACAGAGGUUUUCUGCUGAACUGAUACAAACUCCGGUGUGAUCCCUACCAUUAUUCCUGAGGGCAACAAGAAUAGAUCCGACCAUCAGUAUCACCUUAACUGUGGAAUUACAGCUCUAGGAAAGGUUAAAUCAGCUGUUAUAUUAAUACUCACUGCCAAGCCCAUGGGCCAAGUUCAGCCUCAGUGCAAAACAAGGUUCAGCAGUGACUGAGCUGAGCUCCAAAGCACCUUGAAUUCACAUGGACUGCGGAGAAAGCUGGGCUUUCUCCUCUCAGAGUUGGUGCAUCAGCCAGAAGUGUGCUCUUUGUUCUGGCUGAGCCUCCAGUGAAGCCGGGAUUGGACACAUUGCCUGCCUCUGUGCUGGGAUCAUUGCCAGAGACCGCCGCCGCUGCUCCUGUGGCUGCCUGCUCUUUGCAUCCCUCCUCCCUGGUGGCUGAGCAAGCUGAGCCCCACAUGCUUUCAGGUGAGAAGGAGCUGAGAUGGGUCUCAAUUUACGGGCUCUCAUGGCCGCUUAGAAGGCUGUUACAGCUCAGCCUUUUGGACUUUGCUCUUUUCAGAGCAGCUGCAUGCCCUGGCUGCAGAAUUCAGCCUGACCUGAGUCUACUACCAUCUCUGCCAGCUUUCCUGGCUUUUAUUUGGCCCUCAAGCUUAACAUUUGGAACUUCUGUUUGUUAAGUUUUUCUUCCAGUGUCUUGGAAAAUAACAUUGAUCCUUCCAGUAAGAUUCUUUUGUGCUUUGUUUCAUUUUCUAUUCUAUAUGAGUUCUUACCCAGUAGCUUAUUGAAACAACUGAAGUAAUUAAAGCAACCAAGUAACUAACAUCUGGUAUGUGUUUGCUUACUCUCUUCAGGGCAAGCAGUGUGUGCUUUGGAAUGGUUAGCAGUUUGUUAUGUUAUAUAUGAAUACUUGUUGUUUACAGAAGAUCAAAGAGGUUAAUGUCGUACUUCAAGUUGAGAGUUGCAAAGUUUGUGGUAGCUCAGUGUUCUUAGGAUGUUCAUGACACAGGCUUUGACGCUGCAGGAAGCAUCGUUUCCAGCUGAGCACUGUUUUACCCUUGAGUAAAACAGUUGGUUGAGUGAGUAAAGGGUUCUCUUGGGUAGAGAGUUGUGCUGCGACAGAAGUUGUCGUCUGUGGUCUCUGUUCUGUGGCUGGAGUCACUUGUUUAAAUGCUACAAAUUGUUCCGAUGGUGCCUGGCACAACAAUGUCCUGGUCCAUGCCUCAAGGAUCAAGGUCCCCGCAAGUGAAACAAGAUGUUCUGCAGGUCGUGAAGCAACUUUUGACAUUGUUAUCAUGAAACUUUCCUGUACAUUCUUGCUUUAAUCUAAAAAUCACUUAAUAGUAGUAUCAUAGCGGGUUCCGGAUCAUGGCCUUUCUAAGCAAGAUCCAUUUUCUCUCUGCAUCUUGCACAAAUUAUGACUAGAGUGCCCUCAAAACAAAGCAGUAAAUUGUUGCUGACUGAAUUUAUUAUAUAGAGCAAUUACGUGGAGGCACCAUUAUGAAUAUCAUCUGCAUAAUCAAUAUGGUUUUAUAUUGCUGUCUCAACAGUAAGGCAGUCGAGUGUGCUAAGGAUUUGCUGAGCACUAAGUUCUUGCUUUACUUAUUUCUGAGUAAAACUUGCUCUGUUUUUGCUAUUGUCAGAGGUGCCCCCAGACAGUCUGAGACCUUGCCUCAGAUUUUUUUAUAGUACUAGCUUACAUUGCUAGUGCUCUCAUCUUAAUAAAUUGCUGAAAGUGAAGCAGAGAUUUUAGUUACUAAAAUUAAUCAAUAAAUAGAGUCUUUUUGGGUUUGAAUAUAUUUUGACCUCCAGUCACCACAGUUCAUGAGGUUUUUUUUUUUCAAUUUAUUGUGUUGUAAACCGCAUCUUGGCUCUAGAUCAUGACUGAAGUGUGGUACUCUUUGUCAGCUGAGUCCUGCUGCCUUUCAUCUGUGUGCACAAUUACUCGCUGUGGCAAAAUUUCUGUGGAAGUUCCAUCUCUGGAAGCUGUUUCCAGAAAUGACAUUUCAACACCAACUUCUCAGCAUUACUUUAGUGGUUGUGGCUAUGCUCUGGCAGAAUAGGAAGAGCUUCUGGAACUGACCGAGGUCGGGAGGGUUGGGACACUCCAGGUUCAAUGUAAUCUUGUUGGGGACCUGCAGUGGAAUUUUCUGUUCAAAAUGGUUUAUGGUGAAUUUUUCCGCAGACCUGGCAAAGAUGCUGAACUUAUCAAUCUGAAUGUGGGUGGCUUUAAGCAAUCGGUGGAUCAAAGCACCUUGCUCCGAUUUCCCCAUACCAGACUUGGGAAACUUCUCAAAUGCCAUUCCGAAGAGGCUAUUCUAGAACUGUGUGAUGACUACAGUGUUGCAGACAAGGAAUAUUACUUUGACAGGAAUCCUUCCUUGUUCAGAUAUGUUCUGAAUUUUUACUACACGGGCAAACUUCACGUCAUGGAAGAACUUUGUGUCUUUUCCUUCUGCCAGGAGAUAGAGUACUGGGGCAUAAAUGAGCUGUUUAUUGAUUCCUGCUGCAGCAAUCGGUACCAAGAAAGGAAAGAAGAAGGUCCUCAGAAAGACUGGGACCAGAAAAGCAAUGAUAGAAGUAUAGACUCCUCUAAUGAAGAGUCAUCCAUAUUUGAUAAAGAGCUGGAAAAGUUUGACAAUCUGUGUUUUGGUGAAAUAAGAAAGAAGAUCUGGGUCAGAAUGGAAAAUCCCGCCUACUGUUUGUCUGCCAAGUUAAUUGCCGUGUCGUCCCUGAGUGUUGUCCUGGCGUCAAUUGUGGCCAUGUGCAUUCACAGCAUGCCAGAGUUUCAACGGCUGGAUGCCAACGACAGGGAGAUUGAAGAUCCUGUGCUGGAAGCUGUGGAGAUUACAUGCAUCAUCUGGUUCACUGCUGAGCUAGUGAUUAGGCUCAUCACUGCUCCAAGUCAAAAGAAGUUCUGGAAGAAACCAUUGAAUAUCAUUGAUUUUGUCUCUAUUAUUCCAUUUUAUGCCACAUUGGCUGUGGACACAAAGGAAGAAGAAAGCGAAGGUAUUGAAAACAUGGGGAAAGUUGUUCAGAUUCUGCGGUUAAUGAGGAUAUUUCGCAUCCUGAAACUGGCCAGGCAUUCUGUUGGACUGCGGUCUUUAGGCGCCACUUUGAGACACAGCUAUCAGGAAGUUGGACUUCUGCUUUUGUUUUUGUCUGUUGGCAUUUCUAUUUUUUCAGUGCUUGUCUACUCAGUGGAGAAAGACGAUGACUCAUCAGAACUGCACAGCAUCCCUGUUUGCUGGUGGUGGGCGACCAUCAGCAUGACCACUGUUGGUUAUGGGGACACUUACCCGGUCACGCUUGCUGGAAAACUGCUUGGCACCCUAUGCAUUAUCUGUGGGAUACUAGUGGUAGCACUUCCAAUCACCAUUAUUUUCAAUAAGUUUUCUAAGUACUAUCAAAAACAAAAAGAUAUGGAUCCAGACCAAUGCAACAAUGACCGCAAAGAGAAAUGUAAUGACCUACCUUAUUUUAACAUUAGGGAUAUUUAUGCCAAAAAGAUGCACUCCUUCAUUUCUAGCCUUUCUUCAGUAGGAAUUGUAGUCAGCGACCAAGAUUCCACAGAUGCUUCCAGCAUCCAAGAUAUGGAAGAUGUUUAUAACACAACAUCUUUAGAAAAUGGUACAGGAAAAUGAGUUGAAUCACGUUCUCUUUCCUUUAUUUCUCUUCUGAUUCCUGGUAAAUGUGGACUUACAAACUUCAGUGAAUUUAUUAAGAGCAGUUAAUUCUCAGGGUACUUAACUCUCAGCCAUAUUUGGACGUUCUUAGCUCUGAGGAUGCCAUAAAAGCUUCAUUGUUUAUAUGAGGCUUUAAAAUAUGCCUCAUAUGGUGAUUUCAUUUUUACACAACAAAUGUUAUGCAUUUUUGGGGAGAAAAAGUCAGGAAAACAGUUUUAAAUAUCAGAACAGUAUUUGUUUGGUUUUGUGGAGGGUUUCUUUUUUGUUUACUUGGUUGAUUUUUUUCCCUGCAGCAAUGUGAUAGCUCAUACAGAAUCUGCUUUUAUAAUUUGCUGCUGUUCAGGUAGAGAUAUAUUACAAACACGUAAAAACUAUCACACAAGUCAGUGAAGUUUUUACCUGCAAACACAUAAGGUAAAAGAAGGAAUUAUGUACAUGUAAAACUGUGCUCACUAACACGUUUAUGUAAUCUUGGAGUUUAGAUCCUGCUGACUAAGUCGGGGCAGAAAAUAUAUUGGAACAUAUUGUUUUUACUCCAUGGAAGCAUAACAUUUAUGAAUUUCUUUCCAAAAGCACAAUACAUUUUCAGUGAAAAUAAAUUAACCCCAUUGUGCCUAUAUUUUUCCCAGUGUCCAGCAUGGCCAAGCUCUGUCAGGUCCUAAAGGAUCUAAAUUACUAGUCCCACUAUGAAAUGUCUGGGAUAGGGUAGGACAAGAGCUUUUGUACCUAUUAGCCAUUUCUUCUACCAUUGUGAACCUGAGCAAUUGUGGUGCCUGGAGAAGAUCCUGCUGUGAUUAAGACCAUGUCAGUGGGUUCGCCGGAGGCUUUGUUUUGCGAGCACUGAAGCAAAUACCUGUGGUGGUCUUUAGAAGUUAUUGCUCCCUGCUGUGAGCACUGCUCCUUUGCUGGAGGUUACUGCCUUGGUGGUAGGAGCAAAUGUGAACAGCAUCUCGGCUGUGCUGGUUCUCAGUCCAGCAGGACUGUAGUGCCAAGCAACGGAGAUGCGUGAACAUGCUCUCCUCUACCAUAUAUCACCAGUCGGGGAUAUAGGAUGGGCACUGCAUGUGAGUAUGUAUAUAUGAAACUAUUUCAGCUUCUCUUUCUACAGCCAAUCUGUUGGUGACGGCGGCUUUCCUGGGUUGUGCUGUGGGCUGGAGUGGUGCUCAUUGCCUGGCAGAAUGCUGCAGCUCUGUGUGUUCCUUUCCUCUCCAGGGAUUUCUUAUGCAGCCAGUGAAUCCUGCUCUGGUUCAAACUGCAUCUUCCAGGGCUAUUUUAAAAGGAAAGCCAGCCCUUGAGCCUAGCAUAAAGGAGUGCUAGAGAAACUCAAGGACCUUGUAGAAGUCCAUAGCAUUUCUGAACACUGAUUUUCUUUCAUUUGUCUAGUGACUAAAUUAGAUGCUGGGCAAUGAAGGAUUGAAGAUACUGUGAUGUUGAUAUUUUCCUUAGAGAGGCUUCCCUUUUUUUUUUUUGUAUAUGUUAUUAUUAUUGGGCCAAAUGCUAAAGCCCUUCCUGAGUUUCUGCUCAGGCAGAUCAAACUCUGUAGGAGUUGACUUCAAGACUGAGUCAAACUUGAAGAUGGCAAUUGAUUUUAGCCUUUGCAGAGGGUUGAUUUUUGGUGUAUCUGCCAAGUUUUUUAUUGCAAAAUACAAUAAGCAAGUAGCUGAGUUGCAUUUCUGUUUACUGAAGCACAGAUCUCUAACCUCUUUUUGAGGUGGAGAAACAAAAAAGGAUCAACCGAUACCAUGGAAAAAGGUGCCUCUCAGUACUGCUGUGCACCAAGAUAAUGACAGGGGACUUCAAAAGAAUAUUUUGAGCUUUGGAGAAACUUCAAAAUUUGGCUUAUUACUUGCUGAGUGUUAUAAAUGUAUGUGAUGCUUCACAGAUAAUUUAAGAUUAAUUCUUCCUGUACUUGGUGUAGGAAUACCAAAAGGGAAAGUUAACCUAAAUAGUUACUGAACAAUUAAUGUUACAAAAAGACAAUUACAUAAAAUAUUAAAUGUGUAUGUGCAUAUGAAUCUAACAGGAACCAGCAGAAUAACAGCAUAAAAGUUACUCUUUGUCCAAAGAAACUCUCCUGGUAGUCUUCAUGUAAAGGUAUACAACAUUGCCACUAAAGUUCAAAAGCAAUGAAAAAUAUUGUAAUGCAACAAAAACCACAAGAAAUUAGUAUUAAAUAUUUGACAAAAAACCCCCCAUUUUAUCAAGCAUUGCUCAAAGAUCUUUUGUUAAAUUUCACUGACUGGUAAUUUGUCAUGAAAUUGAUAAGCUCUUGAUCAAACACAUCAAUCGAUCUUAAGGCUGUGACAUUGUUUAAGUUCCCCUGACUUUUUUAACGCAUUGAUACACCUUGCAGCAAAGUGAGGCAUGACUUUUGGAACACAUCAGAAGGUCAAAUACACAGCCAUCUAUCAUUGCAGUGUAUGUUAUUUUACUUUUCAUGAUGAGAUCUUGGCUUUUUUUUUUUUUUUUCAAAUUCAUCGCAUAUUAAAAAAUGGCUUUGUUGUUUUCUCUUCCCUUUGCUGGCAUAAAUCCAGCACCGUGGUUUCACAUAGAUGUAACUGGGAGCAGGAUGUGAACCAUGUUUCAUGGCAAGAGGUACUCCCCUCGAGGCAGAACUGCAGUCCUGUCACAUGCACAGGUACUGAAGAACAUCACAGGUGUUGAGUACUUGAAGAAAACAGAUGAAAGCAAAUACUGAGAUACUUCAUGUUCCUCCUGCUAGGAAAAGUUUCUAGUAGAAGAAUUUGCUAGUAAGAAAUAAACAUAAGACGGGAUUGUUUCUUAUUUAAUUUGUCUUCUUCCUUGCCUGACAGCUACAUAUUAUCAAUAUGUAAUAUCAGUGUCAACAGAAGGUAGAUUUUCUAUUGUUUUUGUAUUCCUGAAGCGCACGUGUUUGUCUUUUAAGACAGUUUAUAAAUUCUCUCCACCCAGCUGCUCCAUUUCAGACAGUAAAGUACAGAAAAAGUUACUAUUCAGAUAUGUAUUCCAUUUUGUACAGGAGAGAUUUGUUUGUAUUUAUACAAAACAGUUUACUGGCACAUUAUUAGUUUCUUUUUCUUGAUGGCAAACAAUUCAUUUUCGAUAUGCAGUAUUUCCAGGUUACCGUCCAUCUUUGCAGUGGUUUUCCCUAGUGUAGCUUGGGAAGACAACGCUGCGCUGUGUUGCAGUUCCGUGUUUGGGCAGUUUCCAACUGGGAGAGGGUAGCACCCAACUGACCACAGCUUGUACCUUGCUGGGAGUGGGCUCCGUCACCAUCUUUUUGGUGUGUGUUAUUAUAGAAUAGGGAGAAGGCCAAUGUAGAGGAAUGAGAAAAAGGAAACGGGAGAAGGUAGGAAGCUGUCAAUCAAAAAGGAUGAGCCUAAGAGGACUGUAGAAGAAAGGAAAAGAGUCCUCACUUGUCUUCCCUUUGUUUCUUGUUCCACUAGUGCUUUCCUUUCUUUUCCUCCCCUUCUCCCUCACAUCCCCUCCUGCUUCCUCCCUUCCCACCCAGCCUGUGGUCCAGCAAUCCCAUUUCUGUCCCAGAAAGAGGAUCUUCCUGACUCCAGAAAGGCACAUUGCAUCCACCCGGCUGGCAGCAGGUGGAACUUAAUGGGGAUGAAAUUAGUGAGGACUCCUGCUGUGUAUAUGAGCAGCCAUUAACACACGGGCUGUGCUUUUUUUUUAUCGUAAGAAAAGGUACAAUGUGGCUGAAAUCAAUGAGGAUAAACAUGAGCUAAAUAAGCGGCACAUCUGUGUCAGGCCUGUAGAUGAAAUACUGCUUAUGGCUUAGGUAGAAAUUGGUGUCAGGCACCAUAAUGCAAGGAAUUACCAUUUAAAAGCUGACUCUGUGCUGAUUCCCAUGCAAAUGGCUCUCUGUAGCGGAGUGCUGAGAGUAUCAGGGAGCUCUGACUGGCAAACGCAGUGCACGGGCUCACGGCGUGCCAAGGGCUCCUGACAGGCUGCUGUGUAUUAAUACAUUUAUUCAUUUCCACACAUUCUUAACAUCUAGAGCAAGUGACGGAAAACCACUAAGCUGUGGAGAGAUCCUCUAAUAUUUUUUAAUUAGCUGACAGUGUUUGUGAAGCUCCUAAUACCUCUUCAUCCAAAAGAGCACAUUUCUCAAACAAAAUCAGAAUAACCCUGUGCUAGAUGUGCAAUUUGUGACUGCUAGCAGUAGCUCGGUCGCAAGCAGUAAAUAUUGCUGCCUGGUAAAUAUUGCUUUCUAGUGCUGUAUGGCUGCAGCGCUGUUGCUUGUAUUUCUGAAAUGUUUAUGCUUUGUCAAUCAAGACACAGCAAAUGCCAUUAAAACCAUCUCAGCACUUUCCCACUGCACAGUAAUUGUGGCAUCCCUUCUAAGCACAGCAAAAUGUCAUAACGUGCUGAGAAUUCUUUUUAAUUUCUUGUGUAUUUGUAGUUAAUUUUUAAUGAUGAGCGUAUGUUUCAAGCACAAUCUGGCAGGAGCAAAAGUGACUUGUGCGUCUCUAGAGAAGUUACAAGCCUUUAUUAUUUACUUUUAUUUUGGGCAUUGCCCUCCCACCUAACUGGCACAACUAAGAGCACAAGGAGUGGUAAUUCCUAUAGGCUGAUAGCUGUUAUUGGUAGUUAAGGAAUUAAAGACAGAGCUCCUGGAGGGUGGACAUAAUUUAUGUAUAGUUGUAUAUAUGCCUUCUGGGCAGAGAUCAUUUAGGUGUAUAAAGCAAUCAGAUUAAAUAUAAAAUACAACACUUUUCUUGAGAGACAACCUGCAACUCAGAUCUUUUUAAUUAAACAUAUUGGAGGGGGCAGUCUUUACUUGUUUUAGCAGAUCAAGGGCUCUUUAUAUGUGCGCACACCAGUUUCUCCAAAUCCCGUAUACCGAUGGAAGGGACAGACUUUACCAUCCCCAACAGACCCAUGAAACUGUAGGUCAAGGAGCUGGAUUCCCAAGAUGAGGGCUGGUGGUGGAGGAGAACCUUAAUUGAUCCUGUAUUUUGCCAAUUCAAAUCAAUACUAUGCAACUUCAUGUGAUGAUUUAUGAAGGUAAUCUGCUUUCACUGUUACUUCACAACUAUUUCAAAGUAGAGCCCAAGAAAGCAUUGAAUUGCAGUGGUUUAAUCUUUAGUUACUUUCUACUAUUUAAUGUUGUAUAUAUUGCCCGAGUCACCUAAAUUUUCAUAGCAUUCUUCUCUAUUUGCACUGCAAAUCCUACUCUGUCCAGCAUAUGACUAUGUUAGAGGUUGGUAUAGCCUAAUCUAGUGUUAUUUUGCUAGCAUUUCUUCUGUAUCAGCAGAAAGAAAAGGCACUCUGGGCCACAUUGAUCUCCUCUGACAUGAGGUAUUGUGGUUAUUUGGGCUGUCUCAACAACAGACCUGCUCUGGAGACAUUGAAUUGUAUUAUCUGUAGAUGGGUCCUGUCUGAAGAUGACUGUACAACAAGCCUGUAAGGUUUAGUUAGGUUAGAUACCUGACCUUUAGCCUGAGGUUAGAUCUGAUGAAUGCUGGACAGCAAGAAGUAGGGUUGUUAUUCUAUGAUGAUGCCAUCCUUCCCUUCUUGAUGCUAUGUGUGUAGGAAGGACUGUGUUGCUGAUCCAAACCUGGGUGACGUGAAGACAGAGACAGGAAUUCAUUCAUAAGCCUGAAGGCCAGUUAGUGGUGGCUGUUAGUCAACGAUUAACCCAGUGUAAUAUUACUAAAACCAGCUUCCUAUACAAGAAAAUUUUGAUUUUCUGAAAAAGCUGUCUGAUAGAGUCUGUAAUGACCUGCAAGUUGAAGUGUAGUAAUUAAAAAAAAAAAAAAAAAAGAUAAUAAAAUACCAGAGGGAGAAAACUGCUGUUGGCAAAGAGGCAGGCACAAUAUGCUGACAGUACUUUUGUGACCCAAAUCUGCAUUAUUUUUUGGCUUCACGUAAGCUACAUAAAAUAUUCCUCCUGUGUCAUGUGUUGUAAAAUCUGCCCCUGUGCAUUAAUAUAAAUAUAAUAGAGAGCCAAGGCCAAAUGUUACAGCUCUGAAGCUGGAAAAAUUUCCAUGCUUGAAAAAAUUGCAGAAAUAUUGUCCAGCUGCAACUGCUUUUUAAUCUGGCAGCUGCCUUGGUGGAGGAGAGGAGCAAGGGACUGUGCACAGGUGCCACUACAUGGGUUUCCACUUCUUCCUGUACAGACUUAACACUGAGCUCUUCUUGGUUGAGCCUAUAGGCUGAGAGACCCCUGUAGCCUUGAGGACGGCUCAACAGACCUUUCCUGGGACCAUUAAGUGUGUGGCCAGCUGUCCCUAGAAAGGAAUAGGGUCAGGUAAGAAGAUAACAUGACCUUCAGGAUGGCAGAAUAAUUUCAAUGAAUUUGGUGUCACGAUCCUCCUACACCUCUAAGAAGACACUUGGGAGAGAAAGCAGAAACACAGAAGAAGUUUGAGGUUUAGGUAUUUAGCUGCAGCCAUUUGAAGGCUGCUCUGUGCUGUGUUAAUCCAAGGGCUUUUACUGGGUUGCAGGUAGAUAUUCAUAUAUAAUCUUGAACCCAUUCCAUUAGCUGGAAUAACACGUUGCUUUCCCACAGGCUUUGAGUUGCAAGUACAAUAUAUCUUUUUCUUUAAGCCAGUUUCUAGAUGCGAUGCUGUCUCUGCCUUUCACACCGACUGAAUUCUGAUGUUUCUGAAGUGUUGCACGUGCUAUAAAUCAUCCUCACAGCUUCUGCUCGAUUUCCUAGAAACCUGGAAACUACUAGCAGGAAAGAGUUCAAAACAAUUUCUCUAGUCCAAUAUUUUUUGACAGCAUCAGAUGCUGCGCAUUUCACAGAAAGGGAAUUUCUCUGCUCCUGGUUUGUGAACUUUAUGUACUUUUUUCAUCAAUUAUUUGAAGACUAGUUUAUGUUGUAAAAUAAGUGGAUAGAUAAUUUUGAUGUUUUGUUCCAGGUGGUGUAAUCCCAAGUACACAGUAAGUAUCCAUUUCUUUGGUUUUUGGAAAAUGAGGUUGCAAUCUUGCAUAUUUGGAUCGUGGCUCUUCAGGAAAAGAAAUGUGGUGAAUAAAUAACUCGUGGUGCCAAAAUGCUGGUUGAAUGCUCAUUGAGUGCACAGGAAUUCCUGAUGGGCUGGAAGGACGCUGGUGUCUGUCAGCAUGGCUUCAUAAGCCUCCUGGAUGGGGAAAAACCCACAUUUUUUUCUUAUUUCUCAAAAUAUUUCAGGUGGGUAUGUAGUAACAAUCUUGCUGUUCUGUGUUGAUGGAGAAUGUUGAAUGAAAUAGGGGCACGUUGAAGUUAAGGCAGUUAAAAAUAAACAUGAGUUUCUUGUAAACACUCCCCUCCCCUUGGGACAAUAAUUUUUCAUGCUGUUCCAACUUUGCUUUUGUUUUUAAAGGCAAAAUCAUAACAUACCAAAACCACAGCAAUAUUUUUCCUUCCUGGAUAUUUUUUUAAGAUUAAAGAUUUCAGAUUAAAGAUUUAAGAUUAAAUUAGCUCUAGCUGUAGGUGUGGAAGGGAAAAUGGCUGGUAGGCAAGAUGCAGGGAUUUUUUAUAAUUUAUUUUGUAAUUCUAUUCCUUUGCCUUUGGCGUCACACACAUUUGCAUUGGUGUUUCUUUGUAUUGACUGAAGAAUCAAAAUAAAUAAUAGACAAUAUUGAUCAGGAGAAUUUUUUUAGGCAGUUGAGUCUGAAGGAAAAGAUAAGCUAGAGCAUUUCAGACUGGAGUGAUGUCAAAUAUAUUGUUACAGGGCUUGAUAAUGAAAUUAAAGCUCAUCAGAAGCAUUCCUAAGGAAUAUAUGGAUUUGUGUAUAGGUAUUGUGCAUUUAAUGUAUCGCAAGCCACAAAAUUAAAGUGCUGACUGUGUUCAGCGAGUGAAAGGUUAAUAGAAAUUCACAUAUUUAUCUGAUUAUUUUCUAGUUGCAGCUUUUGGUGCAGUGAUGUACUCUUGGCUUUUAGACUGCCUCUGUAAAUGGGAGGUUAGUGCUUUGGGUAUUUUAUAUAUCUAGACAUAUACAGACUGAUUGGGCAGCUGUCAAAGCAUUAUUGUGAAGGCUUUUAGAAGUCUGGCACCAAAGGUAACCUCCGUUAGUCUACUGUGUUGGCACUUGCUGAGGAGUUGCUGCAUUACAGGAGUGUGCGGUGCAUGCAAAGUGAUCCCAUUAAGCGAUGCAGUACAAGCGCGCAAGUGGGAACGUGGGGCUUUGCCAACGGUGCUUUGCAGCAGAAAUGCUGGUUUCUGUUGGCUUGCUUUCAGGGUAUUGUCACCUGCUGAAAACCUCUGCGUGCCACACAUUUCAUUUUUUAAUUAAUCCUGAGAAAAUUUAGGCUAUCUGGAAAGGGUUUAGAAAACACAAGGAUUCCUUGAGAGCAAAUACUGAGAUCAGGGGAAAAAGAUGUCUCAAAGACUUUUUUUCUCUGGCUUUUCUGCCUUGUCAUAGGAGUAAUGACAGGGCAGGAAUGGGAGUAGCAUAGCAAAGCUGAGGUGAAAAUUCUGUAUUUGGAGAGUCUUUAGGGCCACUGCGAGUCCAUAUGAAGUAUUGGAGGAAUCUGGGGAUCGGGAUGGGGAGUGUGCACGCUGGAUGUGCCACACUGCUUUUGCAUACUCUGUGCUUCAGGUGACGGGUGAAAAGAAGAUGACUUCUCUGCACCAGUGUUUUUCUCU